UAUCUGCAUUGAACUGGGUUAUAUGGCAGUUUAGAGUGAUGUAUUCUAGUUCAAAACAGAUAAUGUGGAUUAUCUGCUUUGAUAAUUUGGAUUAUAUAGUAGUGCCGAAGGGCCUAAGACAUCUGGAAGACCAGAGUUUGGAAAACUCACAGCAACCCAAUGCAUUCAGUGUUUGAAUUGCCAUUUUAACUUUUUUCAAUACUGGAAUCUACAGUUGAUUUUAGGGGCAAAUAUUGUGAUUUGUAGCCCUGCUUCAGGGCCUCCUGAUGGAGAUAGAGCUGGUGACGGUGAAAGAAGAGACAGGGCCAGAAAUCCCCUCCAUCUGCCCAUUUUGCCAAGAGGACUUGCCAACCCUUGCUGGGCCCACAGGACACGUUCCACAAUGCCCAGGAUGCAAAAGCUUUGUUUUAGAGCCACAGAAUUGGUUGCCGGACAAUCCAGAGGCCAUGGGCCACCCUACGGAGAGGCCCUACACCUGCUCCUUCUGCUCCAAGCGGUUCAAGAGGGCUUCUGACCGGCGCGACCACGAACGGGUUCACACCGGUGAAAGGCCCUACGGCUGUGGUGUCUGUGGCAAGCGUUUCACCCAGAGCUCCGUGCUUUCUGGCCAUAUGCGCAUCCAUACUGGCGAGCGGCCCUUUCACUGUGGCGUCUGCUUUAAGUCUUUCAACAACGGCUCUAAUUUCCGGAAGCAUCAACGCAUCCACAGCCAACUGUUUGGCCACUGUAACACAAGGGAUGAUGAGAAAGACUGUGAUCUCUUUCUUGGGAAGAAACAGAGCCAGUUCACAGAAGGACAAAAUGGCUAUCAGGUCACCCAAGAAUUAAAUAAUGGUGAGAACAGGAGGAACCAAGACCCUAAGGAAUGGCAAGGCAUUAGUUCCAAUAACAGGAUACCUCAAAAUGGCAGCUUAAGGCAACCUAGUGACAAUAUGGCCUAUUUCAAAGGAAGAGGACUAAGACAAGACAGUAGCCAUCAAACAAGGCAGAGUAGCCAUGGAUGUAUUGGUGUUAAGAUGGAAGAUAGCAAAUACGAUUAUGGUUGCUUGGGAGACAGUGGUGAAUGUAGCCAAGGCUCAGAAGUGACUGAAAAUGGCCACAGCUUCCAGCCACUGAGGAAUGUGAGUGGUGAAAAUGACACUAAAGCCCUGAGGCCAAAUAAAGCUGGUGGAAGUCACACUCGGGAAGAACACAAGCAACUUGAGGAGAACAGUAAUAAGUUACAGCUAGAUGGCAGCAGUUUUGGGAAAGGCCUUUUGCAAGCUGAUGGCGACAGGAAGGGUAUUCAUAAACAGGGUCAAGAGAGCAGAGUCAGGAGCUAUUUAUUAAGGAGGCCAAAUGGAGACUACCUUAAAGGGCUGAAGCACAGGAGUGGAGAUGGUACUGGCCCAAACAUGAGGCAAAAUGGUACAAGCCAUCUCAGUGGACUGAAUCCAAAUAUGGAUGUUAGUAUCUUGGAGCCGAGGCAAAACGGCAGUAAUGCAGAUGUCGCUGAUGACCUAAGACACCAAAACCCUGGACAGUUUGAAGAGGUAACCCAGGAUGGGGGCACCAACAAGGAGAAAUGGAUGAACGUCCAAGUAGACACUCCCAAAAAUAUUAAUGUUGUUGCACCCAAAGUGUCUUCCUGGACACGUGCCAAUGAGAGUAAUGUUUUGACCUGGGAAGAGCCAAAUAUUAGGAUAAUGAAAGAAAAGGAUGAAUUUGAGGAUUGUUCUACCAUAGGCAUAUCUAACAAUGCAUCUCCCUGGCAGCGAGAAAGUCCUGAACCAUGGUCCUUGCCUUGUGACAUCUCUGCGUCCUCCCAUAGCCAUUCACAACACCAAUUUAGAAGCGUUUCCCAUCACUGGGAAGAAGAUGGGAGUUCACCACUUAGUUUUCCUUUUCAAGAACCUGAAACCUAUAGACAGCACUCUUUGCCAGAUUUAGAUUCCAAACCCUUCCUGUGCUUUGCAUGCCCCAAGCAGUUUCGUCGGGCCACAGAUCUGAAGGAGCAUCUGCGGGUUCACACGGGCGAACGGCCCUUUGGUUGCAACGUCUGCGGCAAGCGAUUCACUCAAAGCUCAGCCCUGGUUACUCACCGGAGGCUACACACUGGAGAGAAACCCUUUGAGUGUGCUGUCUGCUACAGGCGUUUUAAUAAUUCUUCCAAUUUUGCCAAGCAUCGCCGGCUUCAUGGGCAGGAGGGGACAAGACAUGGGGGUAAAGUCAUAGUGAAAGACCUAUGGAGUGUCAAGCCACACUGAUACCGUUUUAAGGAACAAACCUGUCAUUGGGAAAUGGAAGUGUAGCUAUAGAUAGAACUGUGGGUACUACUUUUGUUGUUGAUGGGUGCUGAGUUCAGUAUCCUGACAAUCUUUUACCUUUAUAGAAUACAGAAAGUUCUUAACUCCUAUGGUGUGGUUUUAAUGUCAUGAAAAACUAUGGUUUGGCAUUUCAUGCGCAAACCAUAGGCUUAUGUGCUCCUUCUUUCUUCCUGUAAUGCUAGUUGUGACGGUUACUAUACAGCAGACUCCUGUGCUAAUAAGGCUCAAGGACAACAAAUAUCAACAAGAGCAUAGUGAAUGAGGUGUGACAAAUCCAGGAACCUAUUAAACACUUAAAAAACUGGCUUUAACGAGAUGUUACAAUACAGUACCUUUGUACUUCUUGGUAAAUAGAUUAUUUGAAAACCAUUGCUAGAGCAGCAAUCAAACCAUUAUUUGUAAUUAAAUUGGUGAGUAAGCAAUGAUUGGUGCAAAUCUUGCUUUGCCAAGAAUCAGGAAAUGUUGAGAGAAGGGUGCAUGUAAAUCUUAGCCAGUUGUGUAAUACUAAAUCAUGGUUUGGCAUUCUGUUCAGGACUUAAUCUUUGGGAGCUAGAAUGUCACUUUAGAAUAUAUGUUAGAUCUAGAUGGAGCAGUGAUUCUCAACCUGGGGUCCCCAGAUGUUUUUGGCCUUCAACUCCCAGAAACCCUAACAGCUGGUAAACUGGUUGGGGUUUCUGGGAGUUGUAGGUCUAAAACAUCUGGGGACCCCAGGUUGAGAACCACUGAGAUAGAGGGAGUGGAGCAGACUUUCUAGUAGUCAGUGCCUUGUAUGGACAUGUGUCCCUUCCCAUCACAAAUAGACGAAAAUAUAUCAUGGGAAAUUUGCUUAAUGUAUGAAAUUCAACACCAUUGCUGGAAAUUAGAUGGUUUGUAUUCACUUAACCUGAGUGUAAGCCCUGUUGAAUUUUGGUUGAACAUGUAAACCAUUGUGCUAUCGAUACAAACCUUUUCCUACAGUGUAUUGGCAGUAUAUUCACUCUUUUUUUAAAAAAUGGAUGAUCUGAUUUGUAGCAACCAAUACACACAGGGUUUUAAAUAUGUGCCUACACUCAGGAGCACAUAUCUGAUUUUAUAAAAAGGAAUUUGGUGAAAGAUUUGAAUAAAGCAAUGUUACAUUAGCAUUGGAGCAAGUUAAGGGGAAAGGGCUAUAGAAAAGGUGUUUCAGAAAUCCUUGUAAAUACUUGCAGCAAAUAUCCAAAGCUAGAAAUAAAAUCUUUUCAAAAUUCA